CGCGUGCGGGUUACUCCUCCAGGUGGGGCUAAUGGAGCAUUCCAGGUCCUACUCGGGGGGAGGCGGAGUCUGACUCCGGUGCGUGUCGCCGCUGUCCAGCCCGCGCGGCGCGAGGAUGGAGAGAGUGGAAUAAAUCCACUCUUCUCCGUUUCCCGUGUUCGGGAGGCACUUGUGGGGGGGUGUUUUGGCGCGCAGGACCUCCUGGGGGGUUGAGGCAGCAGCGGAUCCUGAACGGGGAGAACUGUGGGAUUCAUUCAGAGGUUUUUCUCCGGGAUUCCAGCAGACAGCAGGUGACGGACAUGGACGAGCAGCCCAGGAUGAUGCUCUCUCACGCGCCGGGCAUGGCCGCGCACGCCGGCCUGCCGCAGCACGUGCACGAGGGCGGCACGGUGGUGGACGGGGACGCGCGGAAGCAGGAGCUGGGAGAAAUCCUGCAGCAGAUCAUGACCAUCACGGACCAGAGCCUGGAUGAGGCGCAGGCCAGGAAACAUGGACUGAACUGUCACAGGAUGAAGCCGGCGCUCUUCAACGUCCUCUGUGAGAUCAAGGAGAAAACAGUGCUGAGUAUUCGUGGUGCCCAGGAAGAAGAGCCCCUGGACCCUCAGCUCAUGCGGCUGGACAACAUGCUGCUAGCGGAGGGCGUGUCUGGUCCGGAGAAAGGCGGAAGCUCUGUGGCGGCGGCAGCUGCUGCAGCGGCGGCUUCAGGAGGGGUGGGAGCUGACAACUCCGCAGAGCAUUCAGACUACAAGGCCAAGCUGUCCCAGAUCCGACAGAUCUACCACACGGAGCUGGAGAAGUAUGAACAGGCCUGUAACGAGUUCACCACACACGUGAUGAACCUGCUGCGAGAGCAGUCGCGCACGCGGCCCAUCUCACCCAAAGAGAUCGAGCGCAUGGUGAACAUCAUCCACCGCAAGUUCAGCUCCAUCCAGAUGCAGCUGAAGCAGAGCACCUGCGAGGCUGUCAUGAUCCUGCGCUCCCGCUUCCUGGAUGCCAGACGGAAAAGAAGAAACUUUAACAAGCAGGCCACGGAGAUACUGAACGAGUACUUCUACUCACACCUGAGUAACCCCUACCCCAGCGAAGAGGCCAAGGAGGAGCUAGCAAAGAAGUGUGCUAUCACAGUGGCCCAGGUUUCCAACUGGUUUGGGAAUAAAAGAAUCAGAUACAAGAAAAACAUUGGUAAGUUCCAGGAGGAGGCCAACAUGUACGCUGCGAGAACUGCCGUCAGUGCGGCUAAUGCAUCCUCACACGGAAGCCAAGCAAACUCACCCUCCACUCCCAACUCUGCAGGUUCUGCUGCUUCUUUUAACGUAUCCAAUUCAGGGGACCUGUUCAUGAGCGUGCACGCUCUCAACGGGGACUCCUUCCAGGGCGCUCAAGUGGGAGCCAAUGUUCAGUCGCAGGUGGACACUCUUCGCCAUGUUAUCAGUCAGACGGGGGCGUUCAGUGAAGGAGUCGUAGCCAAUCACAUGUACAGUCCGCAGGGCAUCAAUGCUAACGGAGGUUGGCAAGACGCUCCCACCCCCUCCUCGGUGACUUCACCCACAGAAGGUCCAGGAAGCGUCCACUCAGACACCUCCAACUGAUGAAUUCCCCCCUAUCUUCUAUCAAUUGACUUGCAACUCCCCCACCACCACCCUCAAACUGUUCAAGUGGACAUGACACAAGUGCAGCUGGGAAAUUUCUAAUGCCCCCCUCCCCUAUACCACCAAACUGAAACUACUUUAUCCAUCAGCAGCAGACUGCAUGCAUUCAUAUGCAUUCUCAGUUGGUGAUUUUCAAGUCCUCGUGAACCCCUCCUCAUAAAAUCGUUUUGAGAAAACGUGUGCACGAGGUGAUCAUGAAUGCACUAGCAGUCCUGUGGGAUUCACCUGAGAUCUAAGUAAAGUCGUGGUGAAGAUCCUCUUAAAAUCUUCAUAAAGUCUCCUUGAGGUCCACGUCAGCUUCCUGAGGUCUGCGUGAUGUUCCCUUGGCGCCAGGAGGUGAAAACUGUCAGAAUACAACAGUUAAUAACACUUUUUGUCCCUAAACGCAUCACACAGAUCUCUAAACACACCACAGGAUUACAAAUAUCACACAUGUCCUGAAAAACACCACUGAUGAGACAUGUUUGACCUACAGUCUCAGUUUUUCUUUUGGUGUGGCGUUCAGGGACCUUUUAUAUUUUCAUUUUUUUGUGUUUUAUUUUUACCCCGUGCCAAAGUUUAGCUCAGAAUUCUGAUCAUGUUUGCUUUGUGUCCCAUGGUUUCUCCCACUCCAAAUUUUAAUCACAUGACUCCUGUCAGGUUCUAACCAAAUGCUGAGCAUCAGUUUCUCAACUCUUCAGACUACAGGACAGCCCGGAAUGGAUCCAUGCUUUCACACUCAUCAUGAUUCCUUCACAUGAACUGAAGCACAAAGGUGUCCCAUAAAUGUAGACGCUGUAUUUUUUCUGUAAAAGGAUUGAAAAUGAUUUGGUUGUUGUUUGGGGUGUUCAUGUCUGCAUGCACACCCAUGUCUGCACUGCAAGAGUGAGACAAGCAUUUCUAAAGAACAAAAUUUUUAAAAGGAUUUUUUUAAGAAUAUUCAAACAUUGAAAACCUUUUAUUUUGCCUCAAAUGUCUUGCCUCACUCAAGCUCUCUGCAACAUGUUGGACUUCACAAGUGUGGAAAUAUUGUGUUUCCGGUGGUGAUGUGAAAUUGUUUUCAAGAAUCCAUGCAGAUGUUGAUGUGGAAUAUAAAUGUUUCCAGCAAAUCUUAAAGAAAUGAAAGGUCUGGGUAAGAGCUGAGAACUAAAGAGAAAUGACGUAAGGACAAUAUUGGUAAAAGUAGAAACUCAAACAUGAUUGUGCACUGCCAAAAAUCCAGAUGUGAGCAAGACCGGCCUAUCAACUGUAUGGGACCAUGAAUGGCAACUAAUCUAUAUUUGACCGUCCCCAGCCAAGAAUCAAAAUGUGAACGUGGUCAGUCCAGUCCAUAUCAAAUCAAAUCAAAUCAAUCUUUAUUUAUAUAGCACUUUUCAUAUUAAAGAAUAACACAAAGUGCUUUACAACAAAGGCAAAACAGUAUAAAUAAUGUAAAAACAGGCACAAAAAUUUAAAUUAAAGCCCCCUUCCCCAGACCAGCCCACAAUUCACCCAUCCCUUUCUCCCCACCCACUCCCAAACUGAUAGAAAUAGACAAUAGGAAAACAGGCUGAGCACUUAAAUUGGGUGUUCGAAACUAACAGUUGGGACCUCCCUCUCAAUGAACAGCUGCAAAGCCAGCCAAAUGCAGCAUCCCAGACAGGGUCCCGCCUCACCGCAACUAGGCAGUGAUGCGGGUCCCCAUCCAGAGCUGCAACGGCUGAACCACAGCUGACUCAGAGAGAGAGAGGACCCAAAUGAGGAAGCACUGGAUAUAAAAUUAUAAAAUUUGAUAUGUGACUGUGCACGGCAAAAAAUCCAGAUGUGAUCGUGGAAAGCUAACCAUCCAGAUGUGUGCAUGCCCAGCGCAUCAUCUAUAUGUGAGCGUGAAUGGCCCCUUAUCCAUGAGUAAAAAUGCACAGCCAAAAAUCUAUACAUGACUGUGCACAACCAAGAUUCCAGAUGUGAACAAGACCGGCCAAUCAUCUAAAAAUGGGCAUGAGCGGCCCCUCAUCCAUAUGUUAGCAUGCACAGCUAAGCAUCCAGAUGUGAGUGUAAAUGGCCCAUCAUCUGUAUGUGAGCGAGACUGGCCCAUCUUCCAGAUGUUAGCAUACACCGCCAUCAUCCAGGUGUUUGCAUGCACAGCUGCAGCAUCACGUCAAAUACAAAAAUGUUGCUACACGAGCAUCCACAUUACUCUCUGCUGUUCCACCCACUAGACACCAUAUCUGUACAGACAUAUCUUUCAACAGGAGGUGUAAUUUGUCCUCGAGCGGCAUUGAGGGAACCGUGCAGUUUUUUUUCUGAUACCAAAAAGCAGAAUCUGCUUGAAAUGCUCAAACGGCUUUACUGAGAUAUCAUCUUUUGGAGGUGAGAGGGGGGAGUUUGAACAUCCUCACAGUCUGUGAUCGAACCAAAAAAUACAAAUAAACUGGGGGAGUCUAACUAAAUACAUGUGGGAACAGAAACCUCCAAGUGUUUGGUGAAAAAAAUCCUUUCUUUUCUUGUUUACUUUUUUGUUUCUGCUGCUCCAUCGGUCAGGCCGGCACAUGCACGUCUCCAUGAGGGCUCAGGCUAAAUCCACGUGUGAGUCUUCAUCAGUGGAAGGCUGGACUGACAACAGCAAAACACAAAACUGAAAAAAAACAAGAAAUCAAAGGUUUUCAGUGUCAAACAUAAUGAAUCUUAAUCCAAUGAAGGUUUUUAGCUUUUGAAUAUAAAUGCUGAAGUACUGAAGUUUGUAAAACACACACUUGUUUUGUUUGUUGCAUGUCUUUUUAUUCAGAAAAACAACUGUUUUGAAUGUUUACUUGUUUUUUAUAAGGAUUUCACAGUGGAAUCGUGAAGCAUUUUGACUUUGAGGAUCCGCGCACAUGUUCACCCAAAGGUGCACAGGAUUACUUUUUAACCCAAACUCGAGACUCUGUCCUCUGGACGAAAACUGCUCCUUCAUUUGUACUGCCCACGUGUGUCCAAAUAAACCUGUUUUCUUGGAUAAAUUUCA